AAAGGGGAGGGAGGAGGUGGGGACAGGCCAUGGCGGAGGUGCUGCAGUUCCUGGUGCCUACGGGGAGUGGGCAGACAUUGCUGGUGUGGGGGCUGGAACCCAAGCCGGGCCUGGAGCAUUCCCUGUUUGCAGUGUUCUCAAAGUUCGGGUUGCUGUACUCAGUGCGAGCGCACAGCAAUGCUGCAGUGGCCGGGCCUGGCUGCUACGCCAUCAUCAAGUUCUACUCAGCUGCAGAUGCCAGCAGAGCCCAGCAGGCCUGCAAUGGGCAAACGCUGUUUCAGAGCUCUCCAUUGAAGGUUUGUGUUUGCACCAAGCAGAAGGGAUUCCAGCAGCAGGUCCUUGCUCUCAACAGCAACAAGUGCCAGGAGUUGGCCAACCACUACCUUGGCUUUAACGGCUGGUCCAGCCGCAUCAUCACACUGCAGAACGUGUCCGGCUUUGAUGAUGAGAAUGAGGAAGUGGGAAAGAAACCAUCCGUCAGGUACCUGUGUGCUGUGGAAGUGACGCUGCCCAAGCAUGGGGUGCAGAGCCGGGGAGUUGGGCUGGGUGAGGCAGACCUGGAAAAUGGUGAAGAUCCUCUGGAGUUGGUCACAGCCACGAGAAGAGUUCAGAAGCUGGCAGCGGGCAGAGCUUUGUCCAGUGCCUUCCAGAAGAUUCUCCUUGUGGUUCUAGAGAGUGGUAAAGUGGCUGUGGAGUACAACCCCACUGCAGAGGAGCCCAUAGACUCCCUAACAGAGGAGGAGCUGGAGGGGCUGGUUCAGGUCAAUGAAUUGCGUUUGGAACCGUUUGACCUCGAAGAAGAAGUUGUGUCUGACCUGAGUCUGGAUGAUGAAUGAACUCCCUGUGUGGGAGAUGCUGUUUAAUUAGUGCAGGUCUGUCUUCAGAUCACUUCCAAAAGCUUGAUUAGGACUGAAAGCCUAAAGCUCUGCAAUGGCAUCUACCUCAUAUCCAACGUUUUGUUUAUACAUUAGACCAGUGAAAGAAAUGGGUGACAGACCUACAGUUACUAAAAUUAAGCCCAAAAAUAUGUUCUGUUUCUGGAGAUAAAGCGUUUUCCUGUCAGCCUAUCCAGGUCAGCUAUAUAUGGAAGCCAGCUUUACCUAACGUGGUUAUUAUUUAGGCAGCAGAACAGAUGUGCACAGGACAAGCAGGAGCGUGCAGUUUGGGUUAGUUGUGAUCAGCAGGAGGAAGGCAGAGGUGGAAUGAGAUGUUACACCAGCAGGAGUAGCUGUGGUACUUAAUGCUCCUCUUAUCUCUUAGAUAAACCUAUGUGUUGAUGUAUUGAACAGCUGGGACAUUAUCAUGUAAAGCAAAGAUUCUUUUUAACUUUGAACACGUUUUUCAUUAAAUGAAAUACAUUUCUUUGGUUUUUUU